AUGAAAACCAUAUUAUUUCUAAGGAAAAGAUCAACUUCUGAGGAUAAUUAUGAAAGUGUUUUUAAGGAAUAUAACUUUUAUACAAUAUUUAUACCAGUCCUUACAUGUUCCUAUAUUAAUCAAGAGCAUCUUAUACAUGUUCUAAAAAAUUGCCCAUAUACUAUGUAUUCAGGGCUUAUUUUUACUAGUAGAAAUGCGAUUUUAGCUUUUAGAGAGUCUCUAAUGAGUAUAGAUAAACAAGAACAUAAAAAAAUUCUUUGUAUGACGGUAUAUAUAGUGGGCCCUGCUUGUUAUAAAGAAGCAAUAUCUCUUGGAUUUUUUGAAGUUUAUGGAAAAGAAUCAGGAAAUGCUGAAAAUCUGUCUAAUUUUAUCAUAUCUUAUCAUAAAGAUAAAAAUCCUAUAUUAUUUUUAACAGGAGAGAGAAGAAUAGAUACUCUUAAGGAAAAAUUAUCAUCAUCGAGUAUUAUUUUAAAGGAAUUGGUUAUAUAUAAAAUGAAUGAGACUAUUGAGUUUGAAAAUGAUUUUAAUAAAGCUAUAUAUAAUAAAAGCUUAAAUGUAGAGUGGAUUGUAUUCUUUAGUCCUUACGGAUCAGACAUUGUAAUGAAAUAUAUGAAAAAUGAGGAUCUAUCAAAAUUCAAGAUUGCUACUAUUGGUUUUACUACAUUAAGGUAUUUAAAUGACAAGUGGAAUAUAAAAACAAAUGUUGUCUCACAAUGUCCAGAAGCAAGAUCACUUUUAAAAGGAAUUUUAGACUAUGAGAGAAAAUAG